GAUAGAGAGAUCAGUGAUUUUUGUUCUAAUCAAUUUACAUUAUGAAUCAUCAAAAUUUUUUAGUUUCUUGGUUCCUAAUGGGCUUUUAUUAUUUGUUCCUAGGCCAGGAUGAAGUCUGUCCAGUUUUGUUUCCUUUUCUGUUGCUGGAAAGCAAUCUGCUGCAGUAGCUGUGAGCUGACCAACAUCACCAUUGCAGUGGAGAAAGAGGAGUGCCGUUUCUGCAUAAGCAUCAAUACCACCUGGUGUUCCGGCUACUGCUACACUAGGGAUCUUGUUUAUAAGGACCCAGCAAGGCCCAACAUCCAGAAGAUAUGUACCUUCAAGGAGCUGGUGUACGAGACAGUGAGGGUGCCUGGCUGUGCUCACCAUGCAGACUCCCUGUACACAUACCCAGUGGCCACUGAAUGUCACUGCGGCAACUGUGACAGUGACAGCACUGACUGCACUGUACGAGGCCUGGGGCCCAGCUACUGCUCCUUCGGUGAAAUGAAAGAAUAAAGAAGAGUGGACAUUUCAGACUACCUACUCAUGUUUGUGUGUGUGCCCUGUGCCAGGCUGCAAACCACUGGGCCAGGAGAUCAUCAGACCCCAACAAUCCCUGCUCUACUGGCAGAGGGGGAGUUCCAGGAAUUGAGAUCACUGGGCCAGAAUGCUGUCACCAUUCUGUCCUGUACUCUUAGUCUGCUUCUGUAAGUUUUAUUAAGUCUUAACUCAACUCUUGAGUGUUUUGCUCUCCAGUAAUCUUAGAAAUUCUAUCAGGCAAACCCGCUUCAUAGGGACAAGGAUCUGUAGGCCCAGAGGUAGGAAAUGAUAGUGGGAACGAGUGAAAGAACGAAAUGCAGCACAGUAUUCUGCUAGACUCCGGGGCUUCAAGAGCAGGGCCAGAAACCUCUUCAUGAAUGUAUCCUCAGGGCCCAGCACUUUUCCUGGAACCUAGUGAGGAACUCAACAUGGCUUCCUUAAGGAAAAGUAAGAUUAAAAACAUAGAGGAUGGGAACACACUGAAAGAAAUGUUUGAAGAUGGCUGACGAGGCUGUCUUUCCAGUCUAUGGAAGUAGGGGCAUCACUUAGACUGUGCCCCUCCUCUGAGACACAGGGCAUUCAGACAGGAUGUGUGUCUCAGAAAGCCAAGUUGAGAUGGCAGAGAGUGAGACCUGAGCUCGGAUUUUCCAAGCCCUUCAGUGAAUGGCAAAAGCAAGAAAUGUUAAUACAGGACUAUGGACAUUAACCCGUAUCUAUUUGUCACUUUAAAGAAAUUGAUCAGAUGUUAUUAGGCUCCUGCAAAACUCCUUUUGGGCAUGAGGAAAAAAAUUAUAUCAACCUGUACUCUCCAGGUUCUAUUCCUUUGGAGAGAGGGGAUAUUAGGAAAUCAGUUUGAAAGCAGUUUCAGCAACUUAAUACAUUUGUAACUUAUCUAGAAAUAUGUUUAUAUAAAGAAAUAGGUCUUUUAGAAAAAAUUAGCUAGGAGGAAGGAAAUUGCUGCUUUCUAAGAUCCUUUCUAUUUGUUUUCUUUGUUGUAUAUUCAUGUUCUCUCUCAAAUGUAUAAUUUUUCCAUAAGGUAUUGAAAGUAUUUCAUGAGUUGAGUCUUUUAAAGAUGUUAACCUUCAGUUAUAUACUUGUUUCACAUAUUGUUUAAAUUAUUUAAAUCUUAUUUUUUUAAUAAAGAUAUUAGUCAUGUGAGUCAUUGAUUUGUAUUGUUUCAAAUACAGAUAACUUACAUGUGUACAUUUAUAAAAUUAGUAGAAAACAAAAUAUAAUACUUUGUGCUUCUGCAA